UGAUCGUUUUGUGCUAAACCAGUCAACAAUGAGCUCCUCAAGUGCAAGUGCUGAUGACUCAUGCCUUGGAUGGGCAGCAAGAGAUGAGUCUGGAGUUCUAUCACCAUACAACUUCAGCCGCAGGACUCUUGGAGUUGACGAUGUUUCAAUAAGAAUUACACACUGUGGAGUUUGUUAUGCUGAUGUAAUUUGGACAAGGAAUGGACAUGGGGAUUCGAAGUAUCCUUUAGUGCCUGGACAUGAGAUUGCUGGAAUUGUAAAAGAGGUCGGUUCCAAUGUUCACCGCUUCAAAGUUGGUGACCAUAUUGGAGUGGGAACCUUUGUCAACUCAUGCAGGGAUUGUGAGUAUUGCAAUGAUGAUGAAGAAGUUUAUUGUGCAAAAGGAAUGACACUCACUUUUAACGAUGUGGAUGCGGAUGGUACUAUUACAAAAGGAGGAUAUUCAAGUUAUAUUGUUGUGCAUGAAAGGUACUGCUUCAGCAUACCUGACGACUAUCCAUUGGCUUCAGCAGCUCCUUUGCUUUGUGCUGGAAUUACUGUGUAUGCUCCCAUGGUGCGCCACAAGAUGAACCUGCAACCUGGUAAAUCUUUAGGAGUGAUUGGGCUUGGAGGUCUUGGUCACAUGGCAGUGAAGUUUGGGAAGGCUUUUGGGUUGAUUGUGACAGUUUUCAGCACUAGCUUAUCAAAAAAAGAGGAAGCGCUGAGUUUACUUGGUGCAGACAGAUUUGUGAUCUCAUCUGACCAAGAGCAGAUGAAGGCCCUGGCCAAGUCCCUUGACUUUAUAGUCGACACGGCAUCUGGUGAUCACCCAUUUGAUCCAUACUUGUCGCUGUUGAAGAUUGGUGGUGUUCUUGCUCUCGUGGGGUUCCCAAGUGAAGUCCAAUUCAGCCCUGCAAGCCUAAAUAUUGGAAUGAGAACUGUUUCUGGUAGCAUAACCGCUGGAUUAAAAGUUACACAAGAAAUGAUAGACUUCUGUGCUGCUCGUAAAAUUUACCCAAUGAUAGAAGUAAUUCCAAUUGAGUAUGCAAACGAAGCUAUCGAGAGGCUACUGAAGAGAGAUGUGAAGUACCGGUUUGUGAUUGAUAUUGAGAAAUCCCUUAAAUGAACUGCUGAAGAUCAAAUGAGGAAUACUUCUUCUAAAUGCAUGCCUUAAAAGCCCACAGUGGCUAACUUUGAUUAAGUUUUUCGGAAUUUACUUGUGUAUUAAAAGGCAUCUGGGUUUGAUCUUCUGUAUUGUGCAAGUGGGCAGCUAGCCUAAAAUAAGUGAACUGGGCGUAGAGUGGUGUUUUGUGACAUGGAUGAUUCAUUAAAAAUUAGAAGUUUGGACUA